CUGUGGGCGGGGCGCGGGAGCACGGCCGCUGUCGGUGUAGGUGUAAGCGGAGGCGAGGGGACAGAGCUGAGGUAACGGGAUGUACAGGGACCCAGCAUGGAGAGCGGAGUGUGGAGAGGAUAGACCGCUGCCGUCCCGGGAGGAGGGAAGAGGAGAGAAAAGACAGUGCUAAUCUCAAGGUGAAGUUGGCAGGAGCCGACUUGGAGAUGUGAAAGAACGUCAUUAUGUUGUGUGUAAACAGUGGAGCAGAGAGUGCCCUGUGCUGCCAGCUGAAGCUACGCCAUUGAUGUGGACACGGCGCUGUGUAAAUACAAGCAGACCUUUUCCAGUUUUCAUCGUUGAUACCUAGAGCAGACAUUACAGAACCACUGUGAUGGUGCAAUGAAAUGAGGCUCCGAAAUGGAACUGUGGCCACCGCAUUAGUGUUCAUCACUUCUUUCCUGAGCCUGUCCUGGUACACAGCCUGGCAAAAUGGGAAAGAGAAAUUGAUUGCUUAUCAGCGGGAAUUUCAUGCUUUGAAGGAACGCCUACGCAUUGCAGAACAUAGAACUCUCCAGCGCUCAUCCGAGCUCCAUGCUAUUCUGGAACAAUUCCGGAAGGCAGUGUCAGAGGCAAAUGGAAGCAGAGACGCAUUAAGUCAUUUUUCAGAUGAAGCUCAAAAAUUGUUAAAGGAUUUAAAUUACAGAAAAACUCUUCAAGUGCCAAAUAUAUACUACCAUAUGCCUCAUUUAUUAAACCAUGAAGGAAGCCUCCAGCCUGCUGUGCAGGUUGGUCUUGGAAGAACAGGAGUGUCAAUUGUAAUGGGCAUCCCAACUGUGAAAAGAAAAGUGAAGUCGUAUUUGACCGAAACUCUACAUUCAUUAAUAGAUAAAUUGUCUCCAGAAGAAAAACUUGACUGUGUUAUAAUAGUCUUCGUAGGAGAAACUGACCUUGAAUAUGUGCAUAGUGUGGUUGGCAGCUUGGAGAAAGAGUUCUCCACAGAAAUCAGCUCCGGAUUAGUGGAAGUAAUUUCUCCGCCUGCUACAUAUUAUCCAGACUUAACAAAUUUAAAGGAGACAUUUGGAGACUCCAAGGAAAGGGUUAGAUGGCGAACCAAACAAAAUUUAGACUACUGUUUCCUAAUGAUGUAUGCUCAAAGAAAGGGUAUUUAUUACAUCCAGCUAGAAGAUGAUAUUGUUGCCAAGCUGAAUUAUUUCAGUACAAUAAAGAACUUUGCACUUCAGCUGUCAAAUGAAGAGUGGAUGAUACUGGAGUUUUCCCAGCUGGGAUUCAUUGGAAAAAUGUUUCAAGCUCCUGACAUUACACUUAUUGUUGAGUUCAUCCUCAUGUUUUACAAAGAGAAGCCUAUUGACUGGCUCCUGGAUCACAUAUUAUGGGUAAAAGUCUGUAACCCAGAAAAAGAUGCAAAACAUUGUGACAGACAGAAAUCCAAUCUUCGAAUCCGCUUCAGACCUUCCCUCUUCCAGCACGUGGGUCUGCACUCCUCCUUAGCAGGGAAAAUACAGAAACUUACAGAUAAAGAUUUCUUAAAACCAUUAUUGCAUAAAAUUCACGUCAAUCCUCCGGCCGAAGUGUCAACUUCCUUAAAAGUAUAUCAAGGUCACACUCUAGAAAAGACGUAUUUGGGGGAGGACUUCUUCUGGGCCAUAACCCCAAUGGCUGGAGACUACGUUCUGUUCAAGUUUGAUAAACCGAUGCAUGUUGAAAGGUAUCUCUUUCGUAGUGGAAAUCCUGAGCAUCCUGGAGACUUGUUAACAAACACUUCUGUGGAGGUUUUACCUUACCAGAAAGAUAUUUUGGAUUUAAGGAGGGAAACCAAAGACAAGCGCCUUUCAGAUGGGUUUUUCAGAAUAGGAAAAUUUGAAGAUGGAGUUGCAGAAGGACCUGUAGAUCCUGGGCUAAAUCCUAUUUCAGCAUUCCGACUUUCAGUUUUGCAGAAUUCAGCGGUUUGGAUUAUCCUUAAUGAGAUCCACAUAAAAAAGGUACCAACGGACUGAAACACAUAUUUGUGUAGAGGGACUUAUUCAAGAACUGCCAUUGGGAACUGCCACCCCAAUAUCAUCACUGCCUGUUAAAUACAUUUGCAUGCAUCUUCAUUUCAAUGUUUUGUUUCAUUUCAAUUCUACCUCUGUGUAACCUACUGUUAAUAGAAGAUUGUAAGUAUUCUCCCCAGUCCUACACAUUAUGCUGUGUCUGUUCCUCAAAGGGUUUAUUGUUUCCACACUUAUUCCAUAAGACCAUUUACAAUUUGGCUUCAGACGAUUGCUUGUCCAAUGCAAUAUUAGGCUGGGACAUACAGUUUGUGGGUUCCCUUUGUACCAUUUUUAUAUAGAGACUGAAAGAACAAUGCCGUUUAAGCAUAUCACAAACAAUGCAUUUUGUGGGAGGGAUGUAAUUAAAAGAAUUCUAUUUUGUUUUACUACUUGUGUAUUUUGUAGAUAAUGAGAGACAUAAAUCUAUAAAACAAAAAAUAUAUGUUAAAUAUAUAUUAAAUAUAUACACACAGCCAGCUAAUAUAUUUAUGAUUGAAAGCAUCAGAUUUGUGGUGCUGUACAGUGUUUUAACAGGACCCUGUCAACUCUAUAUUAUAUCUGUGUUGUUCCAUUUAUCUGUUUGUUCUUUCUAGAAAUGUGACUAAGUUGACAGCUGGAUGGUACAAGUGGGAGUCGGGGCGGUAUACCGGUUCAUACCGAAUUUUUUGUACUGCACUAUAUGAAUUUUUCCCAAUACCGCAAUACCGGUUUGGCCCCUCCCCCUUGGGAAUGAAUGAAUUAUUAGCCCAGCGCUGCGCUGUCCCCACAUCGGAGAACUAAUCAUAUGUGACCCGAGAGCCCUGUCCUGCAACCACCCCCCCCCCCCCAAUAAAUUAUUUGCCCAGUGCUGCGAUGUCCCCAUCGUGGUACUACUCACAUAUGUCACCCGCAAGCGCUGCUCUCCUCGUC